GGUUGUGCUGUCAGUUGCCUUUUGCCUCCAUGCACAGCGGCUGAGCGAUUGAGCGAUUGAACGAUUGAACGGUUGGACGGUUGGACGGUUGAGCGGUGGAGCGGUUGAGAGUGUGCCAUCGUUGCGGAGCCGGAGAGUCCUGUCGCGUUGCCCGUGGUCUGUGUCCGCAUCCGUAUCCGUUUCUCCGUGCGUCUCUCUCCGGGUGUGUGCGUGUGCCUGUGCGUGUGCGUGUGCCCCUGUGUGUGUGCCUGUUGUCUGUCGCUAACGGUGCGCGCGCGUCUGUCUGUGUGAGUGUGUGACUCUGUGCGUGCCCCUGCCAGUGUGUGUGUGUGCACAACAAUACUAUAUAUCUCUAUAUACUAAUACCAGUGUGGACCACACUCACACACGGCCUGCAAACAAAGUAUUAGAAAUAUACACACACAACAGUUCCAGCAGCCGUCGACACGCGCAACACACGCAAUGGAUGUCAGAACUAAAAGCGAAUAUCUGAAUAAAUAACUAUAGAACAACACACAUACACUAAACUAAGCAAUAUUUAAUUUGGUUAAGUGAAAUUCACAAGAAGAAAUACAAAUUUAAUUUAAAGACUCACCAGUUGAAGAAAUAAAAUCAAGCCGCGAAAAUAAUGCAAUCGCUGAACUGAAUAAAUCACAAUUACGAACUAAACGGUUAAAACAAUGACUUAAGCAAUUUUGUAACUAUAAUACAGACAAAACGAACGCGAAAUAAUAGUUUAUAAACAAUGCUGGCUGAAAACGCAAGCAUAAGCAUUUUAAGAAAAUUGUAAAUAUUAUUACUGUCAUUAAGCAUAAUGCAUACAUACCGAAAUUCAAAACACGUUAUGGCAAAACAAUUUUAAUAUCCAUACAGACACAAAGCGAAUACAAAAAUCCACUUGGAAAAUAAAUGUUCUAUUAUAUAGAAUACGCAUUUCGAUUAAAUUCUCGAUAAGCUACCAAAACGCGCACAAGAUUGAUACAAAUUUUUAACAAAAAUAAGGACAGCCCAAAGGGAGCUCAGUCGGGACUAAUUCGGAAAUUCCUUGAAAAUAUUCGAUUUACCGACAUUGAAUUAUUCGAUUUAACCCGAUACAUACAUACACAUAUUUCAAUAAUCGCGUCUAACUAAAUAAUAAUCAUUAUUGAACUAAAAUUAAUUGCAUUAACUUCAUUGCUUAUCAAACCAAAAAUUCUGGGAAACAAAUUUGAUAAGAGUUUAAAGAAAAAGUAACAACGCAAGCUACAAAUAAAUCAAGUUUAAUACACAAUCAGUAAACGGAAUAGUUAUACAAACAAUUGUUCAACACGAUCAGCUCAAUCUUUCAAUGCCAAUUGGAAAGUAUUUUGAUUGCUUAACAAAUGGAGAUAGGAUAAAAGUCGCCACUUUUGCGUACUUAAAUAAGGAAGAAGUCAAGUAAAUCAAUAGAAACCAAAUGCUACCAAGCACUGCCAUAUACAACUGCAACGGAUUGCAUUAGGACAACUAACAAUUGAAUAGCUCUACAGAUAUAGCAAAAUAACACGAGAAUAUAGAAUAAAAUAGCAACUACAAGAUACAAAAAAGCGGAGACCACAAACAAAUGAGAGAGAAAACUAAAACUAGGAACAUCAACAGAAAAUAAAGAACAUGGAAAAUGGUAUAAUAUUGUGAAAGCCACCAUGAGAAAGAAAGUUGAGGUAUAAACUUGUAUUGUAAGAAAAACGCAUAAAAAUAAUAGGAAAACGCUCUUGUGGUUGUAAAGAAAAUAAGAAGACAAAGGAGAGACAUAAUAAUGUUGCAAACAAUAAAACUUAUACUUGCCAUAUUGAUGUAAAAGGAGGAAGUGAAAGGCGGUGAAAAUUUCAUAAGAUUAGUUGGUAUUAAGGGCAGCCGAGGCACGCAACACAAAGGGGAAUUAAGCCCCCUUUUCCGCCCCUCAGAAGGGGACAAUGUGAGCUGCAGCCGCUGGAUAAGGCCGAAAAAUCCGAAAAUUAAAUCAUUGUAAUCUAGUAGAGAGCAGACAACAUAUCCGCUGGCAACAACCAACACCGAAAGAGACUAUGAAAAAUGCACAACUGAAACUGACUGAAGUUGACGAUGAUGAGCUGUGGCUGGCAGUUAGAUUAGCGCACUGCGGCAGCAGCAACAGCAGCAGCGGCAGCAGAAGCAACAGCAGCAACAGGAGGCAACACCAGCAACUCAGCCAACUGCAACAAAGGAGCUUAAGUACAAAACACCACAGCAUCAUUGCAAACAAGCAGCACAAUAGCCCAGAACAGAAGCCAGCACAAAGAGCGGAAGAUGUAGCCAGCUAUGACCAGCAGCAGCAGCAACAGCAGCAGCAGCAGCAACUGCUAGACAGCAACAUGUUGUCGCCUUUUGGCUUCGCGGCAGCAGCAAUUGCUGCCGGCGAUCGAGCAACAACCCAACAACCAACAAACAUAAGACUGUGUGCACGCAAGCGACAACGAUUGCGUCGCCGACGAAAAAGAAAACCAGCAACCCUUAAGGAAGCAGCAGCAGCAACAACUAGCAAUAGCAGCAGCCACAGCAGCAGCAGCACGAGCAUCAGCAACAUCAAUCUGCCUCCGACGGCCACCUACAUGCAAUGUCGCACCAGCGAAAAGGACACCAGCACUGCAAUAGCGAGUCGCGACGAGGCCACAUUCACCUUGGUGUUGCAGGUGCUGCAGGUGUUGCUGGUGACCCUGCAACAGUGGCAGCUUCACGUGCAACAGCGGGCGGCAGUACUGUUCAGAGGGAUCGCGAUCAGCACCACCGCCUUUAUUUCCUAUUUAGGCAGCUUUGCGGCACAACUGAGGAGCAGUAGCAGCAACAGCAACAGCAACAGCAGCAGUAGCAGCAGCACGCAAAUAAUCAACGGACUUAAUAAACACUCAUGGAUAUUUUUAUUGAUAUAUUUGAAUUUAUCUGCUAAAGUUUGCCUAGCAGGAUAUCAUGAAAAGAGACUGUUACACGAUCUUUUGGAUCCCUAUAAUACACUAGAACGUCCCGUUCUCAAUGAAUCGGACCCGUUACAAUUAAGCUUUGGGUUAACUUUAAUGCAAAUUAUCGAUGUGGACGAGAAAAAUCAAUUGCUAGUCACGAAUGUGUGGUUGAAGCUGGAGUGGAACGACAUGAAUCUGCGCUGGAACACCUCCGACUACGGCGGGGUGAAGGAUCUGCGGAUACCGCCGCACCGCAUCUGGAAGCCGGACGUGCUGAUGUACAACAGCGCGGACGAGGGCUUCGACGGCACCUACCAGACGAACGUGGUGGUGCGCAACAACGGGUCCUGCCUGUACGUGCCGCCGGGGAUCUUCAAGUCGACGUGCAAGAUCGACAUCACGUGGUUCCCCUUCGACGACCAGCGCUGCGAGAUGAAGUUCGGCAGCUGGACCUACGACGGAUUCCAGCUGGAUUUACAAUUACAAGAUGAAACUGGCGGUGAUAUCAGCAGUUACGUGCUCAACGGCGAGUGGGAACUACUGGGUGUGCCUGGCAAGCGCAACGAGAUCUAUUACAACUGCUGCCCGGAGCCCUACAUCGACAUCACCUUCGCCAUCAUCAUCCGCCGCCGGACGCUGUACUACUUCUUCAACCUGAUCAUACCCUGUGUUCUGAUCGCCUCCAUGGCCCUGCUCGGCUUCACCCUGCCGCCUGAUUCGGGUGAAAAACUAUCACUGGGUGUCACCAUCCUGCUCUCGCUGACCGUGUUUCUCAAUAUGGUGGCCGAGACAAUGCCGGCCACUUCCGAUGCGGUGCCACUGUUGGGUACAUAUUUCAAUUGCAUAAUGUUUAUGGUAGCUUCAUCCGUUGUGUCAACGAUUUUAAUAUUAAAUUAUCAUCAUCGAAAUGCUGAUACGCACGAAAUGUCCGAAUGGAUACGCAUCGUGUUUUUGUGCUGGCUGCCAUGGAUACUGCGGAUGAGUCGACCAGGACGACCGCUGAUCCUGGAGUUCCCGACCACGCCCUGUUCGGACACCUCCUCCGAGCGCAAGCACCAGAUACUCUCCGACGUUGAGCUGAAAGAGCGCUCGUCGAAAUCACUGCUGGCCAACGUACUGGACAUCGAUGACGACUUCCGGCACAACUGUCGCCCCAUGACGCCCGGCGGAACACUGCCCCACAACCCGGCCUUCUACCGCACGGUUUAUGGGCAAGGCGACGAUGGCAGCAUUGGGCCCAUUGGCAGCACCCGAAUGCCGGACGCGGUCACCCAUCACACGUGCAUCAAAUCAUCAACAGAAUAUGAACUAGGUUUAAUCUUGAAGGAAAUCCGCUUUAUAACUGAUCAGCUACGUAAAGAUGACGAGUGCAAUGACAUUGCCAAUGAUUGGAAAUUUGCAGCUAUGGUCGUUGACAGACUGUGCCUUAUCAUAUUCACAAUGUUCACAAUAUUAGCCACAAUAGCUGUACUACUAUCAGCACCACAUAUUAUUGUCUCGUAGCCAUAUGGGCGAGGUGGUUAUUGUUAUUGGUUUUAUUAUAAAAUCAAUUUGUUAAUUAUUAAAUUAAUAACGAAACUUUUUAAGUAAAUUAAAACUAAAAAACAUUUUAAAAAAGCACAAAAAAAUAGGAAAACACAUGAUAAAAACCAUUGACUAAAUAAUACAUCCAAAAAAAGUACUAAAAAAAAUUUAAAAUUCGUCUCUGAAACACAAUAAUUUAUUUAUAAUCUCGUUUAAAGAUCUUUCAUUAAAAUCAAACAGACACUAAAAAAAGAGACUAAAACCAACAUCAUAUACUAAAACGUUAAAAACUAACUAAUUCCAAUUUUCCUAAUUCUAUACAAAAAAUCUAUAUAAUGGUUCCCCAAAGAAUCCCUCACCUCCCCGCAAGCCCCCACAAGCCAGUAUCUAUAUUUCUUCCAUUGAAUAUAUAUAUACAUAUAUGUUUGACAAGCAAGCAAAACGGGUAUAUUUUCUUUUUAGAUUUUAUAUUUUAUAGAAUAAGCGGGGCGUUUUCAUACAAAUAGUCACAUGGGUUUUCGAAACUUUUUUUUGGACAGACUUCAAAGGAAGUGCCAGUACUUCAAAGCAAAGCAAGAGCCCCCAAUCCUUUUGGAAGACUUCAAUUUGUGAGCUUUAUAGUAGAUAAAGUAGAUGGGGAAAUUUGCAACACGUAUAUAAGGUAUGGAAACCCAACGCUCUAAAAUCUACACACGGACAACAAAAUUUGUAACCUUCUUCAGCACUGAAGUCAGUCCAGGGAUUUGUUCCGAGCAACUUUUUGCUAACAAUUAGUACCUAGGCCCAUUAGAGAACCGCCACACCCCCUCUCUAGACGAAACUGCAUUUCCAAAACAGACCAAUUGACCCUACAUAUCCUGUACUUGUAUCUAGUUCCCACUCCCCGUCUUGAGUUCAAUGUCUAACCAAACGAUAAAUCCAAAACCAAAGCAAACCAAACCCCUUAAAGCUUACCAAAACCAAUAGAAUAACCAAUCUGAAUUGGAAUUAAGAAAAUUCAAUGGAAUAUAACAAAGAAAAUGGAAAAAUCAAAACGAUGCCAAUGAAAAGAGGGAGAAUAGGAGUAAUUGACCAGAGGGGCAGCAGGUGGUGAUGAGCCCAGAAAGCGUUCAGUAAGUGAAAUGCAUCCGAAGGACUGCAUUUCAGGUUGACUGGCGUUGCACGAGGAAAUGAAUUUAUGAAAUUAAAUGGUUGCGAGCAAUAAUAUCUGCGUGUUGAUGAAUUGCAUGAUUUUUGGUGAUGCAAACGAUGAUCGAUCGAACUAUUGCGCGAGGUCCACGACAGAGGGCAAGAGUUCGCUCCUUCAGCGCAUUGAGAACAGCGAACCUCUAUACAGACCAACUUUCGGUAUUCUUUCGUGAUAAUUUUCCUGAUUUAUUACUUUUGAUUUCGAAAUACUAAAAGUUAAGGGCCCUGUGCGACACCAGAAAGCAAUUCAACACAGAAAACAGAACAAGAAACAGGCCAAAUCGAUCGGAAAAGAGGCAAACCAAGCAGUGCAGUAGUCGCGAUAUACCAAUAACAAUGAACAUCACAAGACCCCAGAACACGUAACAUGCCGGUGCGUGGGUAAUUAUGUGCUGGCCCUAGUCUAGAGCGCACUAAACAUACUUGAUCACAGACCACAACAACCAAAACAUAUAAACCAAGGAGCUUUAUACAGAUACACAUAUGGAGGAGUUUAGCGAGGGUCGAUCCGACCCGACUUUUCAUAUAUUUGUACCAUACACACGUCCACACGAGACACUCACACUCGGUUGUUCGAUGGCCGGCUAGUCCCAAUAUCACGAGUAUAUCCCAAAGUAUGUUUCUGUCCGCCUACUGGCCAAGCACACAAUUUCAAGAUAACGAAAACAAGGAUACAAGAAACAAAAUCUUAAAAAUUAACACGGUCUGGGAUAUGGAUGGGGCAGUGCGGAGUCGAGGACCCUCUUACAGGGGUGAUCUUCGAACACCCCUUUCCUCCUGCGUGCUUCCCCAGAACGAUCCCAAGUCCAGGAGUAGAAGAAAAGCAAAACUGCGUUGGUCGAAAUUUCACACUGACUUUUCUUUCCACACAAAGCAAAGAAAACGUUCGAAAUGGAAUUAGCUUUUUAAUUUUUAAGUUACAGUUAUUCUGCUUCUAAUUGUAAAUCUUGUGCAAUGUAAACAAUCAGAAUUUUCUUUGAAUAUAAACAAUACGAACACGGCAAAACCAGAGCAAACUAAAACAUAUAGGUCACAGUAAAAGCAAAAAAAUGCAAAUAAAUAAUGGAAAUAUGAUUAGCAACUAACGAUGUCAUUCAAACUAGACUAGGCUACACAGAAAUCCAUAAGUUGUUAAGAUUCUAUCCGAAGAGCUAAACAAACGCAAACUCAGCAAGAAGUACUAGAAAUAGAUUUACAUACAACCAUAAAUAUAUUUCGAGUAACGAACAAAUCGAAGAAAUAGAUAAGCGAAUAUGAAUAUGAAAGUAUUUGUUUUUUACGAGACUUGGUUAAAGGGCAGUUUCGAACCUCGAUUUAUAUACCGAUUUUGUACGCCGGACUAUACAAUCUUGUGACCCACUUAUUUUCGGUUGUUUUACUUCCAAACGGUUCAGAAACAUUUAUAAAUAAGGCUUAGCUUUUGAUAAACGAUUCGGAGUGUAAAAUAAUACGAGACCUUGUUAUAGUUUGAUGAAAGGUGAAAUUCUUUUACAUUUUGUUGUAUACCCACAUCGGAGAGAGUGUAAAUUUGUGGGGACUUUUCUUGAUGUUUUUGAUAAACAUAUAUUUAAUUUUGUAUGCUUUUCCAAUGCGAAUGCCAGUGAGAACAAAUAACGAUAGAUUUCAAUCCUAACGCUUAAGAGUAUUAAACAAAUAAUAAUAGAGGACAUAGCAAACAAGCUGCCAGCAUGAAAAAUAAAAACAAUAACUAAUUUUAAAUCUUUUAUACAUUUCCAUCAAUUGUGCUUGUUUAAACACAAAAGAAAGCAAACCAGAGAGCCCAACUGAAAUAUCCGAUGGCCGUUUUCAAAUAGCAAUCAAUAACUGGAUUAUGUUCAACAUCCAAUUAGCUGAAGUUGAGCAAGAGUUUUCAUAUAAGCAAUUUUUAAAGAAAAACGUCACCCAGUAAAUAAAUACAUAGGAAAUAGUGAGGCUCUCCGGGCUGAGUUAAUCGACAACAUUAGUCGAGGCCAUGCAAUGGAGCAAGAUGACGGAGGUUAAAACUAAUAAAGUUCUAGUGCAUAAAAGGACAGUUCGGAAAAUAGUUCUUCAUCAACCAUUAAAUACACAGUCUAUACAUAUAUGUGUAUAUUUACAUGGAUACGUAUAUACUUCUUUUUACACAGCAAACAAGUAUAUAUAUAAAUAUAUAGUAUACUAUGUAAUAAAAUAUAAAAGAAAUAUUUGAAGCAAAUGAUGAAACUUUUUCCUACAACUAGUUGCAUUUAAAAGAAUUUUAAAAAAUAUACAUAAAAAGUAUAUAUUUCUUAAAAAACAAAAACAAAAACCAAACUCCUUUCUCUAUUAAAAAUAAAAAAAAGAAAAACACACAAAACUUUAAAUUAAUAUUUAAUUAGUCAUUUAACAAGGGUUUAUUAAGAACCAAUCAAGCGGGAUGAAAUCGUAACCUAGUAAAUAUUUAAAUUAAAUUAAUUUUAAAAGUGAAAAGAAACAAAGAUCACAGAAAACGGAAAACAAAAGAAAAGCGCUGAUUUUUUAUGUCGUUAUUAGUAUUUAAAUUUAAAUAAUUGCGUAUAAAGAAACAUACAGAAUUAACUAAAGAACACAAAAUAUAUGACAUAAAAAAUUAGAAGAAAAUUUAAAUUGGUCAUUUUGACCUAAAUAGUAAAUUAUAGAAGGAAAAAUAAAAUAAAGUUGAAAGGAAACAAUGAAAAAAAGAAAAAGAAACCCGAGUAAAGCGAUUGUAAAAUUUUAAUUAUUAUUCAAUAAUAAAAAUUCAAAAAGAAAAGAUUUGACAGAAAUACCAAACAAAUUAGGUUUUAUUCUCAACCAAAAGAAGUGAUUCUUCGACCAAGGACACGGAUGACUACGAUGAAGACGAAGGCGAUCCUGCACCCACACAUGGAAAGGUAAAUUGUGUUAUGCUCUACAAAGUGCUGCGAGCUAGCCUAAGAUACAAUUACGAACACGUUCACACAUAGCCAAUAAAAAUGUAAAUAUAUUGUAUUAAUGUUCAUAAAAACAAACUCAUUUUGUCAUAUACUCAUUGCGAAACAACACCUUGCUCACUGUAAACAUCAAAACUUAGAUUACGUAGUGAUUACGCUGUAACGAAUGGACAAAACAUCAUUAACCGAAAAAAACAAAGAAGAAACAUUUAUAUUCAAAGCGGUAAAAUUUCACAUCUGAAACUAGAAUUUUGGCAAAUUUUACUGAAGGAAAAUUCUGAUCCCUGCGCAGUUUGUCAACAACCAGCUGAAAGUCAAAUUAAAAUCCAGUUCCUUCUUUACGAUAUUCCCAUAACAGAAUAACAAUAUAAUACGCACAAAUACAGCUAGCCAGAGAAAUGAUUUAAAAUUAAGACAGCUGAAGGAAAGCUGCGUGUAUGUAUAACCAGUUACCUUCAUUUUUCCCCUUGUGGAAAGUUUAAAUUGUAAGAAAAUGUCCUCUAUUUAUCCCAAAAUUUUGGCAUGUUUUCUUUAUAUCCUCUUCCAUUUAUUUCCAAAGUCCAAUCAAAUGCUUAAUUUUCUAAAAUCGAAUCAAAAAUAGAUCAAGUAUUCAGUCACAUCUACUCCUACUUGUGCACUCCUUAGUAUACAUUUGCUUAUGCAUGCCAAGAUCACAAAAUAUAGCAAUUUCCCUCACUAAAACGUAUAUUUUUAUCUAACCCCUUUCACGAUUGCCAACAUUCUUGGGAGUAUUUGAGGAACCAUAUCCGUCUUGGUGGAAUAAAAACAUUAAGGAGCAUCAAUAUAUACAUUAAGUUUUUUGUUUAUACAUUUUGUUUAUUAUUUAAAAACAAAAGUUUGUAAGCUAUGUAAAUUUAUGUUAGUAUCAUUAUUGUUUUAUGAAUAAUAAAACUUAUAAUGUUUUUAAAAAUA